AUGGAAGAUGAAAGUGACAGAGGUCUGUUCCAAAGAAUAACCUGCAGAAACCCCUUUUAUACUAUCAAAUUCUUCGUCGUAUGCCAAGGGUUUCUGCAGCUGGCUCAGCUGCUGACAUCUGGCUAUAUGCGAAGCACCAUUUCAACCAUCGAGAAGCGUUUUGGACUGUCAAGCCAGACGUCCGGAUUGGUGGCCUCCUUCAAUGAGGUGGGGAACACGAUGCUGAUCGUCUUUGUGAGUUACUUUGGCAGCAGACUCCACCGGCCUCGAUACAUCGGCUGUGGUGCCAUCCUCGUCUCCCUGUCUGGAUUUGUCAUUUCUCUUCCUCACUUUAUAACGGGACCCUAUGAAUAUGACCGGUCUGUUUCUGGAAUGUCAAGCAAUGCUACGGAUAUGUGCCUCCCGAAUCAGAAGGAUGUUUCCUCCAUAUUUGACGCAUGUUCUGAAAGCAAGAAAGAAAACCAUGUUGUCCUGGGUCUACUGUUGUUUGGGCAGACGCUGCUGGGAAUUGGUGGGGUUCCCAUCCAGCCUUUUGGCAUCUCGUACAUCGAUGAUUACGCCAGUAAGACCAACUCACCUCUCUAUAUAGGAAUCCUUUUUGCUACAAGUACCAUUGGUCCUGGAAUUGCAUUCAUAUUGGGGUCAGUCAUGUUACGUUUUUACGUCGAUGCUGACAAAGUUUCUGCAUCGGAAAUGCACAUCACCAACAAUGAUCCACGAUGGGUCGGAGCCUGGUGGCUCGGUUUCAUAUUUGCAUCCAGCGUGGUAGCCGUUGCCUCGAUACCUUAUUUCUUCUUCCCGAGAGAACUCCCUAUAGAGGAGGAGACUGCACGGAAGAGCUUUGCAGAAAUGGACAAGAAAGAUUUAAUGAAUGCGCUGAGAACCAAACCUGAAAAUCUGGAAAACGUUUCUCUGAUGCAGUUCAUCAAAAAGUUUCCUGUGGUUUUGCUGAGAAAUCUCAAGAAUCCAAUCUUUGUCGUGACUAUCUUGGCUCUGAUCAAUCUCUCUUGCAUGAUUGCUGGCAUAGCAACCUUUCUGGCCAAAUUCCUGGAGCGGCAGUUCACCCUGACAGCAUCCAUUGCCAAUAUGAUCAUAGGCGCUGUCAACAUCCCUGCUGCCAUGUUGGGAAUGGUACUCGGAGGUGCCGUCAUGAAGAACUGCCACCUCAGCCUCAAGCAGGCGGCCGUCAUGUGCACCGUCAGCAUGGGCCUUUGCGUCCUCUUUCAAUUGCCCCUCGUAUUCCUGGGCUGCCCUACGCAGGAGGUUGCAGGCCUUGACCACUCUGGAAGUUCUGGACAACUCAUUGCUCAAUGUAACCUCAAGUGCAACUGCUCCUCCGCAUCUUUUAACCCUAUAUGUGGUCGGGACAACCUUGAGUACGUCUCUCCUUGUUAUGCUGGUUGCUCAGGUCUGAAUUUUAAUCAUGAAACAAACAAGGUUGUGAAUUACACUGGAUGUAACUGCAUUGUUCUCAACGGAACCGCUGGAUCUGCUGUCCCUGGAACCUGCGGCACUCAUUGCUCCCACAUCCUGGUGCCUUUUAUUAUGAUCGCCUGCAUAGCUGGAUUCAUAGGGUGCCUCGCAAACACUCCGUCCUUUGUGAUUAUCCUGAGGAUUGUUAAGCCUGAAGAUAAGUCGUUUGCCAUUGGGAUACAGUUCCUGCUGCUAAGAAUUUUUGCAUGGUUGCCUGCGCCGAUGCUGUACGGCAGAACCAUCGAUACGACGUGCCUCCUGUGGCAAAUGAAGUGCGAAAAGAGAGCGGUGUGUUUAUACUAUAACAACACAUUAUUACGGCAAAAGUUUAUUGGCAUGCAAGUUUUAUUUGGAAUACUCUGCUUUUUGUCCUUUUGCGUUUUGUUCUACCUUUCCCUUCGGAAGGAGAAACGAGCCCACCAAGAGGAGUCGAAUCGCCAAGAGGAAUCGAAUCGCGUCACCGCUCCAGAAUCCGCCACAGAGUCAAACGUCUGAUCCGUGUGCCAGGAGCCUCAACUGCUAUUCUGCCGAAAGGAGGGGCCGAGGUCCAUACGUUAAGCCUGAGUUCCAGUUGCAAUGGGAACAGGAUGAGACUUGAGGACAGGCAAGACGUCCUUGCACUGUGUCCGGUUUUGGAACAUUUGUCCGUCCCUUCGUUUGUACAUACAACUUUGUGUUAGCUGCCCUGGAGCCAUUUGGUGAAGGGCUAGAUAUAACUAUUAUAAAUAAAUAUGUAACCCGCUGGUCAAUAAAAGGUCUAUCUCUAGCUCCUGAAGGCCUA